UGCCGGGCCCGAACGGGGUGCCGGGCUCCGGGGUGCCGGGCUCCGGGGUGCCGGGCUCCGGGAGCCGCAGCCGUCGGGCGCGUCCCGGCGCUCCCGUGCCGCAGGGAAGCGGGGCCGGCCCGCCUGAGGCGGAGCCGCGCGGGCGCGGGUUGAGCUCCGUGGCGGCCUGGUCUUCCCCCUGUGCUGCUGGGAAAUGCGGAAGUAACGCGGGGGAAAGAGCGUUCUCCUGGCGUGUUCCGAGGGAGAAGGGAGCGGUCCGAAAUCAGCGGCAGGGUCCAUCUGUGUGUGCCCACUGCUCCUGGGGAGAUGUCCAAUGUUUCCAGCUACGCCCUCCGCAUGGCCCGGCUGAGUGCCCAGAUAUUCGGCGACGUGGUCAGGCCCACAGACUCCAAAUCCAUGAAGGUGGUGAAGCUGUUCAGCGAGCAGCCCCUGGCCAAGCGGGAGGAGGUGCACAACUGGUACCCCCCUCACAACACCUACUACGCCCUCAUGAAGAAACUCCGCUACUUCGGGCUCUACAGGGAUGAGCAUCAGGACUUCAAGGAGGAGAUGAGGCGAUUGAAAAAGCUCCGUGGGAAAGAAAAACCAAAGAAGGGGGAAGGAAAGAGAGCUCUCAAGAAGAAGUAGUGCUGCUUGAACAGUGUAACUGACUGCUCUGGAAAUGCUGGGGAAUGGCUGGAGAAGUCUUGGCGUGUGGGCUGCAUGUGGGGCACAAGAAACAUGCUGUGAAAUUGUGGACACCACCUUGGGAAUGCACUUGGGUCUUUGAAGUUUUACUGGUUUUGAAUUUCUGUACUUCAAAUGUACUCUAUAUUGCAGCACAGUAAUAAAAGAAAAAGUGCUCAGUGUUUUUCUUGAAA